UAACUACGCGGCGGAGGACCACUGCGCCACGCGCCGCCACGCCACCAAUCGACUCGCAAGACCCACGGUGUGCUUGCGCUGCGCUGCUCUGCUCCGCGAGCCACGCGCCACGCCACGCGCACUAGUCGCUGUUCCUAGCUGUUCCGAUCCGACGUUCCGCGGUCCGUGUUCCGUUACGCCCUUUCUCCAUCCUCCUUGCUGCCAGACUAGCCGACCGGCCCGGCCGACCACCGGAGAUCUGCCGUGUGCCCGUAGACGCCCCCACCCCCUCUUUUUGUCCAUGACCCUGGCACGCAGGGAAAACCUAGCAGACGGACUUCUCUCCUCGAUGGGCCCUUGAACUUACUUGGGUCGGCUAAGCCCUAGUGGACAGCACUUGAAAUUUCGAGUUUUGCUGAAGUUGGUCCUACCCACCUCGACAUACGUUUCCGGCCGUUUUGACUUUGCUUUAGCGUUGAGUAAACUGUCAUGAGUUCCAAAAUUUUGAAAAUCAAUUUUAAAAAUGCUGUGGCAAGUGUUUCAUGGAAUAAGACAGGAGCCAACCCAUCCAACCUAUCUUCCUUUGACAACGAACUGUUGUCAGCGUGGAAUGAUGCCAUGAGAAGUGGCUAUUUUCGGUACAAAGUUAAUAUUCAAGGAUCGUCUAUUAUUCCAGGGAAAUGGAACUUUUUUGCUAUGCUGAAUCCUGAUCGUGGAGAAAAUCGUAGAAAACCCCAGGAAUUUAAUUCCGUAAAUGACCCAUUUGAUCCAGCAUCGUUCAAUUUCACACGUAUCAAGAAUGAGGAAAUCCUUUUCACACUUGAUGCAACUGACAAUGAGCAGAAACUAUACAAUGAAGACCUUUUAGCAAUUAAUGUCAGUCCGAUAAAUGAGGGUCAUAGCCUGAUCCUGCCCUGCCGAAAUAAAAUGAACCCCCAAGUCUUAGACCUUCACAGCAUCGAAUUGGGCCUGCGAAUUCUCCUGAUGAGCUCGAGUCCAUCUUUCCGUGUGGCAUUCAAUAGUUUGUGUGCUUUUGCAUCUGUUAACCACUUGCAUCUCCAUUGUUUGUAUGUAGACUGCCCAAUGCGGCUAGAAAGCAUUGAUCUUCUUCCCUUUGAAGGUCCCUGUUUCCAAGUGAAAAAUUACCCAUCUCAUGGUUUUGUCUUUCAAUGUCUAGCAGAAAGUGAAAAUGAUGUUAAAACUUUAUCUAGGAAUGUAUUUAAGCUCACAAGCUUCCUCUCAAGCCAGAAUGAGGCUCAUAAUGUCAUAAUGACUCGUAGUAAGUUAACAGAAAGUGAUCAAGACUUGUCACACAUUCGGGUUUAUGUUUGGGUGAGAAAAUCCAAUAUGGGAGCUAAGGACACUACAGGAUUCAACCCAGCUGCAUUAGAACUGUUUGGAUAUUUCAUGUACAAAGAUGCCGAUAACUACAAAAAUGCGGAUGAAGCCAAACUGUGUCGAGUCCUUGAAGAUUUGACCCAAGAGCCAUUUGAAAAAAAUUGUGAGAAUGUGAGACUAUUGUUUAAGGAAUAAGUGCGUUUUGUUUUAACUCUGAAUCAGAAAAUCAACAAGAAAAAAAUCA